AUGCUGGCGGAAAUAGGCGCGCCAGAUAUCAGCGCGCUGUUUGAUGAAAUUCCGGCGCACCUGGCAAAUGGCAGUUUGCGGGACGUGCCCGCUGGCCGCAGUGAAAUGGCCAUGCUGCAGGUGCUUGCUGAACGCGCGGAAGCUGAUGCAGGCUAUACCUGUUUCAUGGGUGCGGGCAGCUAUGACCACCAUAUCCCCGCGGCGGUAUGGGAUAUCACCACCCGCGGUGAAUUCAUGACGGCCUACACCCCGUAUCAGGCAGAAGCCAGUCAGGGCACGUUGCAGCUGAUUUACGAGUAUCAGUCCAUGAUGGCUGCCCUGACCGGUAUGGACGUUUCCAACGCAUCCGUCUACGACGGUGCCAGCGGCCUGGCUGAAGCGAUGUUGAUGGCCUUGCGCGGGAAUAAAAAGAACAAAGGCGGUCUGGUGCUGGUGGCGGAUUCAGUGCAUCCAAACUACACCGACACGUCGCGGAAUAUUGUGAAGAAUCAGGACAUCCAGAUUGAGACGCUGCCGUUAGACCCCAGCGGUAUUGUGGAUAUCCGUUCGCUGCCAGACGAUGUGUCUCCCGCAGCAGUGGUCAUCCAGCAACCUAAUUUUUUUGGCCGGCUGGAAAGCGUGGAUGCGCUGACGGAUUGGGCACAUGAACUGGGUGCGCUGGUGAUUGCGGUGGUCAAUCCCAUGACCUUGAGUGUGCUGAAAGCACCGGGUGACUGGGGGAGCGAGGGUGUAGGCGCAGAUAUUGUCUGUGGUGAUGGCCAACCUUUUGGUGUGCCCAUGGCUUCCGGCGGUCCUUCUUUUGGCUUUACCUGUUGCCGCCAGGCGCUGGUCCGGCAAAUGCCCGGCCGCAUCAUCGGCCAAACCGAAGACCUGGACGGUAAAGUAGGUUAUGCAUUAACUCUGCAGGCCCGCGAGCAACAUAUCCGUCGUGGUAAAGCGACGUCCAACAUCUGUACCAAUCAGGGCUUGCUGGUAACAGCAGGCACCAUCUAUCUCAGUCUGGUAGGUCGGCAGGGCCUGCGUGAGGUAGCCCUGGCCUCACAUCAGGGUGCCAUGCUGUUGUUUGAUCAACUGAUAAAACUGCCCGGAGUAAGUGCAGUAUUCGACGGGCCACAUUUCCAUGAGUUUGCUGUGCGUCUGCCCAUAGCGGCCGCAGACGUCAUUACAGCCAUGAUGGCCCAGGGUGUUCUGCCGGGCCUGGCGUUGUCAGAUUUUGUCACCGGGAACAUAACCGAACCUGAAAACACGCUGCUUGUGGCGGUCACGGAAAAACGUGGCGUCAUGAGUACUAUAUUUGAUAUCAGUCAGAGCGGGCGUCGCGCAAGCGCACAGCGAGUGGAUGCCGCAGAUGACAGCGUUCUGGCAGAUCUGCCAAGCGAACUGCUGCGUACGGAACCGCCUGCAUUACCGGAAGUUUCCGAGCUGCAGGCAGUGCGCCACUAUACCAAUCUGUCACGCAAAAACUUUUCCAUCGACACCCAGUUUUAUCCUCUGGGGUCCUGCACCAUGAAAUAUAAUCCGCGUGGCGCGCACAAAGCGGCCAAUCUGCCGGGCUUUCUGGGGCGUCACCCGCUUGCACCUGAAGCCGCCAGUCAGGGCCACAUGGCCUGUCUGUAUGAUCUGCAGGAAAUUCUGCGUGAUGUCACCGGCAUGAAAGGCGUGUCAUUGACGCCUAUGGCGGGUGCUCAGGGCGAAUUUGCCGGGGUCGCCAUGAUUCGUGCUUAUCACGAAUCCAGGGGUGACGAUGCGCGCACCGAAAUUAUUGUGCCCAGCGCGGCGCAUGGCACCAAUCCUGCCACAGCGGUUAUGUGUGGUUAUAAAGUUACUGAAGUAGCCGUAGAUGCAUCCGGUGAUGUUGAUCUGGACGCCCUUAAAGCGUGUGUUGGGCCGCAAACUGCGGGUUUGAUGAUGACCAAUCCGUCUACCUGUGGCGUAUUUGAACGUCAGGUCGAAGAAAUUGCCAGCACCGUACACAAUGCCGGUGGCCUGCUCUAUUACGACGGCGCCAAUCUGAAUGCCAUCCUUGGCAAGGUGAAACCCGGUGAUAUGGGGUUCGAUGUCCUGCAUAUGAAUCUGCAUAAAACCUUUGCCACACCCCAUGGUGGCGGAGGUCCAGGUGCAGGUCCUGUUGGCGUGUCUAAACGGUUGUUACCGCAUCUGCCGGUGCCUAUUGUGGCCAAGGUGGAAGAGGCAGGCAAAACGGUCUAUCGAUGGGUAGACCAGGACGAUCUGCCGUUGAGUAUUGGUCGCCUGUCAGCGUUUGCCGGUAAUGCGGGUAUUCUGAUUCGAGCGCUGGCUUACGCGUUGUUGCUGGGGCGGGAAGGCAUGCAUCGUGUGGGUGAGUACGCGACGCUGAAUGCCAACUAUAUGGCAGCGCGGUUGCACAAAGCCGGCUUUAAACUGGCUUAUCCUGAACGUCGCGCAACCCACGAAUUUAUUCUGACCUUUGCCCAUGAAGCCAAAGAGCUGGGUGUGAACGCGAUGGAUAUUGCCAAACGUAUGCUCGACUAUGGCAUGCACUCGCCAACCACUUAUUUUCCGCUGCUGAUUCCGGAAUGUUUUCUGAUUGAGCCAACGGAAACUGAAAGUCGGGAAGAGCUGGAUCGUUAUGUUGAUGCACUCAUUGCGAUUCGUGAAGAGGCCCAUCGAGAUGCCAAUCUGUUGAAGCAGGCGCCGUUUACCACACCGGUGCGACGAUUGGAUGAUGUGAAAGCCGCGCGUGAGUUGAACCUGACCUGGUCCGCGUCUUAG